GCUCCGUUCUCCUCAUUGCACACGUUCUACUUUAACUUACGCCGCUGUGCUCUAUCCCCUCAUUUUCAUGACUUCUUCACUCCAACGAGUCUUUGACAGCGUCAAAGACCAGGCCAAAGACGCUCUCUAUGCUCUCUCCUCCUGCGUAUGUCAGCAAUCCGCAAAAGUGAAGAUCAACGGGCGGACUUUCAAGAUCAUAAGGGUCCUGGGAGAAGGUGGAUUCUCGUUUGUGUAUCUGGCCCAGGACGAACAUAGCGGGCGACAAUUCGCGCUCAAGAAGAUUCGCUGUCCAACGGGUCAGGAUGGCGUGAAGGAAGCCAUGCGAGAGGUCGAGGCCUAUCGCCGUUUCAAGCAUCCAAACAUCAUCCGAAUUCUGGACUCGGCUGUGGUUCAGGACCCUGACGGGGAGGGCAAGAUCGUGUACCUGUUCCUUCCACUCUAUAAGCGCGGGAAUAUCCAAGACUCUAUCAACACACACGUAGUCAAUGGUACACAUUUCCCUGAACAAGAGAUGAUGCGACUGUUCAAGGGAACGUGCGAAGCUGUACGGGCCAUGCACACCUACCGAGCGCCCGUCGGAGCUGCUGUUCCCAAUCCCAGCUCCAACUCGCGGGCACCACCUCCUCCCCAAUCACAACCUGAAAAUCACUCCGACGACGAGGAUGACGAACGAUUCCCGCAACCUGACGGUGACGAGGAUGGUGGAUAUUCAUACGACGGUGCCUCGGUGCCGUUGGUCACAAGGAGACGUGUCGAGCAGGGUGAUACUGUGUUUGAAGGCGACCAAGAGCUUGGUCCAGUGCAGUUGCAAGUGAAGAGUGGAGGUCCUACAGAGAUUGUCCCAUAUGCUCAUAGGGAUCUGAAGCCAGGGAACAUCAUGAUUUCGGACGAAGGCGCCCCGAUUGUCAUGGACUUUGGAAGUUGCAUCAAGGCAAGGAUACCGAUCACAAAUCGGUCCCAAGCCCUCGUUCAGCAGGAUAUCGCGGCUGAGCAAAGCACCAUGGCAUAUCGAGCUCCGGAACUGUAUGACGUGAAAAACGACACAACUCUUGAUGAGAAGGUCGAUAUUUGGUCUCUCGGCUGCACUCUUUUUGCGAUGGCAUAUUCGCAUUCCCCGUUCGAAAACCCGCAGAUCACUGAGCAGGGUGGUAGCAUUGCGAUGGCAGUCCUCAACGCACAAUACAAGCACCCGGCAAACUCGGUCUACUCCCAGGGAUUCAAGGAUCUUGUUAAUACUAUGCUAAACCCGGAACCAAGACAACGUCCGGACAUCCACAAGGUACUCGAACUGACUGACCGAGUGCUGCAGUCGCUCGCAUGAUCCCAACCGUUCUGGCUCGUUCUACCCUGUACCUUAUAUGGGCUAUUUAUAAUGGACAAUGGGACUGUUCGU